AGACUAGGUGGUAAUGCUGUAGGUUUAGUGUCCAAACGUCAUCAAUGGGCCAGUUAGCAAUCAGCGAAGCCUGAACUAUGUACAGUGUGAAGGCCUCACCGAUGCCAGAGAAAUACUGGAAGAAUGGAGUCCCGUCAAUCAGUACCCAUCUCUAAUGGAAAAAGUCAUUAUGUUCCGUAAUGACAUGUUACUUGGAAGAUUUCUUCGGUUUCAAGGCGCAUUUGAUGAAUCGCUUAUACAUCUCCAGAGAGCAUACGAUUCACUAAGCCAGUGCAAGUGCCUUUCUUUUGAUGGGGAUCUUCGUGAUCUCAGCUCUGAUUAUGCCAGCACUCUACGAGAGCUUGAGAAACCCUUGUCUGCCGAGAAUCAUCUCCGAACUGAAAUUGCGCGGCGAGAGCAAAGAAACAUCUCCUCAGGGUCCUCUGCUCUAAAGAUUUGUCUAGCGGAAGCCUUAUUUACCCAGGAACGCUUUUCGGAGGCGGAAGCGCUCUGCUUGGAAGUCAAAUCCUACCCAGGGCUCUCGAGGAUAGAGAAGUUACGCUUAUACAUUAUACUGGCCAAGCAAUAUCACGUAAAGGAUGAGAACAACACUGCAUUUUCUCGUUGGAAUGAGGCGCUGAAAGAAAUUCCAAGUUUGAGUUGACCAAUGGUCAUACAACUCAGAUAAUUCUUUGUCUAUUUGCGACACCUUAUAUCGCCUUGGCGAGAUCCGGCUGAUGUAGCAUGGCUUGUCUGCCAG